GGACCUCUCCUACGCGAGCCGUGGGGGCCGGCAUCGAGCUGAAGCUUGAGAGUGUCGCCUUCCUCCCGCUCAUUCCUCAUCACGGGCUGGUGAUCUUCUCUGCGCAGGUCGCCGCCCCGUCGGCGCAGGCUACGCGAAUGCGCCGCACUACACGGUUCACGCUCGACCCGGGGACCAUCCUGCUGGUGAGCGACACCGAGGAGCUGCAGAGCCACAUGGAUGCCACCCUGCCGGCCUGCCCAGCCGCCGCCCCUCUCCCGGAGAGGUGGGGGCGAUGGCACGCCCGGGCCGAGGGGGCGCUGACGGCAGCUGCCCACCAAGGGUGGGUAUUACAAGACGGGGCCGCUGAACGCCCCAAGGGAUCCCUCCCUACCUCGCGCAGGGUGGCCACGACUCCGGCGGCGCGGCCCGCCGAGCCGAUGGAGCUGGUACGCCUGAAACGCCUUGGUCGCCGCGUUGCCCACCAGCUCCGCGACCAUGCAGACGAGCUCAUCGCUGGCCCUCUUCUGCGCCAGUACGUGGACUCGGCCCUCCGGGGCCGGUUGACAGCUGGCCCGAAAGGCCGGCCGACACACGCAGAGGCACACGGCAAGAUCUCGAAGGCCAUCUCCGCGAUCCAGCGGGACCUGCUCAGAGAUCGCCGCUCCGAGUGGCGCCGCCUCUUCCAGCACUUCACGACGGACACGUGGAGGGCAGCCACUGCAGAGGUUCAUGGGCCCUCCGAGUGUCCCAGUUUCAAUGCCGAGGACAUGACGGAGGAGUGGAAGCGAGUGUGGGUCCCGUCAGACCCCAACUACGACGAGCAGAGGUGCGCGGCCAGGUGGGAACAGUACGCCGCGGAGGCGCACGAGCCCUUGCCGAAGACCGCCAACGCCUACGACGAGGAGUGGUGCCCCUCCUACGCCGACUUCCGGGUCGCCGUGCGCAAGGCCAAAGGCAGCGCAGGGUAUGACGGUUGGCACUGUAGCGAGCUCGAGCUGAUCUCCGAGCAUUUCGAGUUCUUGCUUUUCGAACUCUACACGCUAUGGCGGGACACCUGCGAGACCCUCCUGGUCGAGAGGCCCACCACCGAGCUCCAGCACUUCCUCUUCGCCUGGCGGGUUGUUGGGGUGCCAAAGAAAGACCCGACGCAGUCCCAGCCUAUAGGGGUGGGCUCCGUGCUCCUCAGGGCCUGGCUCACCGCUUGCGAGCCCAGCCUGCCCACGCCACAGGACGCUCAGUUCGCCUGCAAAGCGGGCUCCACGGUGGUCCACGCCUGCUGCUUGUGGCUGCACGCCUGCCAGCACGGCUCGUGCGGACUGGAGCGUGACCUGUCCAAGUGCUACGACAACGUGCCGCAUGCGGUGGCAGACGCGGCGUUCCGCAACGCCCAGACGCCACGCCGAGUGCGGGCGGUGACUAACGCUGCCUGGCGGGGCCCUCGGAGGUGCCAGGUGGCGGGAGAGCUGGCCAGUGAGACACUCUGGCCUACGCGCAGCCUCGCUCAAGGGGGCAGCACGGCGCCGAAGGUCCUGUGCCACGUACUUUCCCCCUGGGAGAUCAACGGCACCAAGUUCCUUUUCAUGGACGACAGGUCCGCCGUCUUCGACUCCGUCCCGCAGAUGGAGUCAGACGUGCAGGCCACCAGCGCCUUCGACUCAGGCACGGGCGCUAUCGAGAACGUCGGGAAGCGCCAGGUCUGGAAGCGAGGGGACAGGACGCAGAUCGAGCACAUCGGCAUCCUCGCUGUCCCUGAUGCUCCGGAUGAGCCGAUUACGCCUGCCGGGGGCUGGACCAAGCUCCGCGAGUGCUUGCACGCCAUUCGAGGCCGUUUCUGGGCCUCGAAUAUCGACCUGCACCCCAUCUUCAGCGCGGUGCUCACGGCCAUUGACCGCAUCACCACCUGGGACCUCCGCUGGAGUACAUUCCUCGAGGUGAAUUUCACGACGUUCUUCGAUGCCAUAGGUUUCGAGUUCCUGCGGUACGACCCAGAGCGCGGAGUGCAGUUCCGACGCUCGGUGGACGAGCCUGAUGUCCGAGUUCGCCGAUUGUGCGGGCGCAGACACAUCUUCUGGAGCGACGAAGAGAUGGUGCCGCACCUCCUUCGCCAAGUAUGCCGGGCGAGAGCUCUUGCCCACGCAUCCGCGUCUCGCCACGACUCGGAGGGGGUCGACCAGAUCGACCUUGAAGCCUCCUCGGCACGAGCGUGGUCCACUUUCCGGGACUCGCUGACCCUGGAGGACAGGAUCCACUUGAAGAUCUUUCGCUGCGGAGCGACGCACAGCCCGACGAGAAGAUGGAGCACCACCAGGCCCGAUCUCACGGCGGCCUGCCCGUCCUGCGGGGGUCCCCAUCGACCGAGUGCGCGCCACUACGUGGCCGAGUGCGCCGCCCUGGCGGGUUUCCGGCAGGAGCUGAACGACGCGUGCCACAUCCCACCUGGCUGGUGGGCACGCCAGCCGCGGGCGACGCUGAAGACGGGAUGGGUCACUUUCCCGGCUCACGCGUCCGCGGCCCGCAGAGCGGAACUCCAGGUGGCCGUCUGCCGCAUGGGGCUCGUUGCCAUGGCGCAGAUGGCAGAGGAUUGCGAG